CCCGGCUGGAGGCCCUUCAGAGGGACACCACGCCACAUUCCUGGAAAAAUAUAACAGAAGAACCCUAAUGAGCUUAAAAAGACACAAAACACAGAUUAGUAUAUGUAUGGAGUGCUUCUCUGUGCAGUGUUUGUGUGUGUGUGUGUGUAUGUGUGUGUGGGGUUUAUUUUCCCCAAAUAUUGAUCAACCCACAUCUCUACUGAACCUGGUGCCGUUCACCUCUCUUGAUCUACAAAACACGAUGCGAACGGCGUCAUCGAUCACCGAAAAGCCGAGAGUCUGAGCGCCUCAUCAGCGAUAUUACUAAUAUGUUUGAACCUCACUACAAAGAGCAAGGUUCAUCACGUCACAGGAACCAUAAAGCCGCGAGAGAUGAGAAGCAAAGGCCGGAUUUUAUGACCGGGUGACGGGUAUAUUAGAGAGGAAACGCCGUCUUUCUGAGCUGCUCGCUGAUGGUCGCUGCAGUCUCAGGAUGUUCCAGUUGGUUCUUCUGUUCCUGGCGCUGUCAGGCCUGGAAGCCGCCCCCGUCGUCGCCCCCAAAGGUUUACGGGGGUCAAGCCGCCGGCUCCCCGAUGGCUCUGCCGCCGGGGCGUUCGUCCCCGACGGCUUCAGGCAAGGCACCGAGCCCUCCAGGAGGCUCAUCGUUGACCUGAAUACCGGUCUGGUGCGAGAACACCUCAGCGAGAUGGACCGGCGAGCGGUUCCCGCUGAUGUUCCAGUGAAGAGGAUCGGUGGUGGUUGGCUCCGUGUGGAGGAACGUUCAGUUUAUGGUCUCCCAGAGGGCUUCAGACAGGGAACCGAACGUUCCCCUCAGAUCCCAGAGGGCUUCAGACAGGGAACCGAACGUUCCCCUCAGAUCCCAGAGGGCUUCAGACAGGGAACCGAACGUUCCCCUCAGAUCCCAGAGGGUUUCAGACAGGGAACCGAACGUUCCCCUCAGAUCCCAGAGGGCUUCAGACAGGGAACCGAACGUUCCCCUCAGAUCCCAGAGGGCUUCAGACAGGGAACCGAACGUUCCCCUCAGAUCCCAGAGGGCUUCAGACAGGGAACCGAACGUUCCCCUCAGAUCCCAGAGGGUUUCAGACAGGGAACCGAACGUUCCCCUCAGAUCCCAGAGGGCUUCAGACAGGGAACCGAACGUUCCCCUCAGAUCCCAGAAGGCUUCAGACAGGGAACCGAACGUUCCCCUCAGAUCCCAGAGGGCUUCAGACAGGGAACCGAACGUUCCCCUCAGAUCCCAGAGGGCUUCAGACAGGGAACCGAACGUUCCCCUCAGAUCCCAGAGGGCUUCAGACAGGGAACCGAACGUUCCCCUCAGAUCCCAGAAGGCUUCAGACAGGGAACCGAACGUUCCCCUCAGAUCCCAGAGGGCUUCAGACAGGGAACCGAACGUUCCCCUCAGAUCCCAGAGGGCUUCAGACAGGGAACCGAACGUUCCCCUCAGAUCCCAGAGGGUUUCAGGCAGGGAACUGAGCACAUCAGGUCGAUUCCUGAUGGCUUCAGACAGGGAACCGAACCCAGGAUGCCUCCUUCAGGUGUUCGUAGGUUAAUGGCCGGACCUUUCAGGUCUCUUCGAGAGGGUUUCAGACAGGGAACCGAACCGUCCAGUAUCAAAACAGCAGGAUGUAUGGGGGAGAUCAUCAGUGGAAAGUGCUACGAGUUCCAGCCCACACCUCUGACCUUCCGGGACGCACAGGCCCGGUGCAGAGCUUCGGCCCCAAACGCUGAACUCGCAUCCGUCAGCAGUGGAGAUCUUCAUGCCCGCCUCGUUUCCCUGGUGACCAGGGGAGGCCAGAACCACCCUGUGCUGACUUGGCUCGGCGCCGCGGUUCAGAGGCAGCGGGCGUCCUGGGCGGACGGCUCGGCGUGGCGCUACAGCGACUGGAUGCCCGGUCACCCCAACAUCCACACCGACAAGCCCGUCUGCGUGGAGAUGUUCAGGACAGACGAGAGCUGGUGGACCGCCGCCGACUGCGACCUGAAGAGGGCGUCCAUCUGCGCGUACCCUCUGCCGGCGUGAGGCGGCGCACCGCCACUGUCCCGACCGACCGGUCGCACCCUCUGCUCUGUGCUCUCUGAAAAUAAAAACUCUGCACUCGUCUGCCCACGUUCAUCCAUUGAACACACUCCACUGGGUCCAGAUUUCAUUUUCAGACUUUAAUGAUCCAUUUUCCACUGGUGUAUACAAAGCCGUUUGUACAGAUUAGGGAGCCGAGUUAAAACAAUUUGUUACAAUUAAAGUACCUGGAAAGUGCAAAAA